AUGCGAUUAAGUUCUUCCUGGAGUUCGAGAUCAUCCCAGUCCACUUCUCCUUCCCCCAUUGCCUGCGCCUGUCCUCCACAGACAGCAAUGCGGCACACACUCCUGCUUCAUCUUGUCGCCACCGCCUCCAGGCCGGCUAGCAACGGCCUACUCUCCUAUUUGUCGAGCAACCCAGCGAAAUCUCACAACAGCCGGAAUAAGGUCGCUGAGUUGGCAUCUUCCGGCAGAGGAGAAAAGGCCACAAUGUUUGCAUAUUCAGAAGACAUUUGCUCGGCUCGAUUUGGUAUUCGUCCCAACUUGACAUUACGCCCAUUGCUACAACCAACUUAG